AACAUGAACUAUAGCGCCUGCUGUUGCCUCACAGGAUCCUUAUUGUCUGUACAAGAUGCUCAGCAGCAUCCCUGCCCCUCCCACAGAGGCAACACCCCGGCAGACUAACAAUAGCCGUGCCCAUGAUGGCAGCACUGCAGUGAGGCUUUGGGUGGGGCUGCAGUACUUGUGAGAGGCGGCAGCUGGCAGGCUCCCUGGGCCUAAUGCUGACGAGCAGCUCACAUUCGCCGUGACUCCGCCUUCCCCUCCUCUUUCAGCAAGACUAGUCGGCCGGACGGACUGUAGUGCGCCUGUGUGACUGUCUAGUCAGCCAAGCGGAUCAGCCGUCGCAUCCAGACACCAGUCUCCAGUCCGCACUGACAGAACGGCGAACAACAUGGCCGCGGCACUGAAAGACAGAUUCGAGAAGUUCCUUCAUCAGAAAAACGCAUGCACGGACGUCUUGGAGAAGAUUGAAGCCAAGACAGGAGUAAACAGACGUUAUAUAGCCAUAGCAAUCAUCGGUAUUGUGGCAAUUUACCUUGUGAUCGGAUAUGGAGCCUCCCUACUCUGCAACUUGAUUGGAUUUGCUUAUCCUGCAUAUGUUUCAAUCAAAGCAAUCGAGAGCGCCAGUAAAGAUGACGACACACAGUGGCUGACCUACUGGGUUGUUUAUGGAAUCUUCAGCAUCAUUGAAUUCUUUGCAGACCUAUUCCUGUCUUGGUUCCCCUUCUACUACAUGAUUAAGUGUGGAUUUCUGCUGUGGUGCAUGUCUCCCAGCCCCUCCAACGGUGCUACACUCAUCUACAAGAAAAUUGUUCGCCCAUUUUUCCUAAGGCACGAGGGGGAGAUGGACCGCUUUGUAAAGGAUGUUAAAGACAAAGCAUCCGAGACUGCCGACACCAUCUCUAAAGAAGCUAAAAAGGCCACUGUGAAUCUGCUGGGGGAUGAGAAGAAAAGCAGUUAAAUUCCCCAAAACAAGAAGGGUCCCAUAUAAGCAGCUUAACUAUUCUAGGGACAGUGAUCAUUUUUACCCCUCGCGUGUCUCACAGUGUAAAAGCCAUUGCAGCACAUCUGUGUCAGAGCUCUGGCAUUCACACUGUGCAGGCACUAAAGGGUUACUAUUGUUGCCUUGGAUACCUUUUUUGAUAUGAAGAAAGAAUGUAUUGACGUAGUUGUACUAUUGUUGUGCUGUUGUCUGUAGAUGACUGAGAUUUUUAUUUAACAGCAGUCAGCAGUGUCUCGAGCUUGUCCCGCUCUUACUCUGUGCGGGAAAGACUUUUAACAUGCAUUGUCUUGUCCUGCAUCCAGUGGGCUGGAAUAAAUGAAGUACUUGUCACUCA